UAGUAAUUUUUUUUACUUAAAAAUAUUACUAAAUAUUUUGAUUGGAAAUUGCAAUCGCGCUACUUAAAAUUUUACUUGGUUUGUGAUGAACUCGAGUUGAAUUAAAGCACACGUUAUGUGGUGCAUAACUCACAAAAGCGAUUAAAAAAAAUUCUUGUUUAUGAAUGAAAUGUAAGUCCAAAAAUCACACACAUAUAUAUUUUUUUUUAUUUAUUUUUUUUUAAAUAUUAUAUGGGGAGAUUUUUUCAAUCGCUAAAGGAGUUAGUCGUAAUUUUAGCAAACAACCCAUACAACAUAACAUUGCAAAAUAUUGCUGCAAUAUUUCAGCAACAUAUAUAAUAUCGUCUCAACGUUGCUGCAAUAUUGUUGAAAUAUUGUAGCAAUAUUUUGCAAUAUUUUUGCUAUGCUACAUAGGAAGUGUCCCAAUUUUUACGAUCCAUUUGUCAGAUAAUUUCUGCUCAAUGAACAAAGAUAGUUAUUAAAAAAUCGUUAAAAUAUAAGUUUCCAUAAAAGUGAGGCGGUGAAAUUCCACGUGAGAAGUGCCGCCGGUGUGGCGUGGCGGCGAGGUCGACGGAAAACCGAUAAAAACGUCGGAGGGUGCUCUCGUCCUUUCUCUCUCGCGACACAACACAGCCACCGGCCGAUCUCGAUCCACGGGGUCUAUCAUAGAUCCUCGCUCGUAUCCCUUCCCCCGCGGCAUUUCGCAGCAGCACCUCCACCUUCUCCUACCAUGGUUUCGCCAUUUCCCUCUCUCUGCGGCGAGCCGAUGCACGAUGCAGGGGAGAAAGAAACGCCGCCUUCCGACCGGCACGUAGUUGUUCGAAAACCGUUCUUACCUGCGCCGUGUGUGCGCUCGGUUUAUCGUGUGUUCCGCGAGCGCCGUGAACGGCUCCGAGAGAUCCGGGAUCGCGAACGGCGCCGGCGAUUUUCCGUCUCGUUAGCGACGACGACGACCCCCGGCGAAAGGGUGUGCGCGCCACCGACCCUCGCGAUUUUCGAUCGUUCGACGAUCCGCUUAUCGGGGACAUGCGCGCGCCGCCGCGGAAGAUCGGCGAUCGAUCGAUCGGAUAGAUCGUCGCGGAGGAAUUGUCAGUGAGACAAAGUGUGUGUGUGUGUGUGUGUGUGUGUGUGAAUGUUGCGCGGUGUCGCGAGUUCGGGUAAUGUGCAGGAUUACUAGUUCGGAUAGUGGAGAAGCUACUCGGAGAAAUUGCGCGGGGAAACGGACAGCUCGAUCGUCGUAUUCAAAAUUGUUUUGUGUAGUUGGAGACUCGCGGGGAAAACAAAAAAAGAAAAAAGAACGAAUUGGUUCGGUCGACCCGUGCACCCGCGAUUCCACUCGAAAUUAGCGAGAUAUCAGCGAAAGGCGCGGUACGCGACAACUUUUGCGCCGGCAAUCGUUGAGUGACGCGAGUGUGCCAUAAUCGAAUCCCAUCCCCCUGGCGCGGUAGGAUCUCUUCGGUAGAACGUAAUCUCGACUUAAUCUGCCUGAAUGAUUCGACGGGACGAGGUAGUAGCUCUCGCCCGACCAGUCCGCGGCCGCAUCCUCGGCAAUCUGCCGUCAUUGAGAAUCUCCGUCUCCUCAUCCAGGGCUCAUUUUCCUCGUUAUUGAAGGCGAUCUUCUGUUAUUGAAGAGGCUCCGGAGCGAAUCACGUGGAAGGGACUCUCGGGGAACGAACGUGCGGAAGUACCGCGUCUCGGGAGUGCGCCUUGGAGGACAAAGUGAUCGCCACGUCCUACACGAUCUCUCUCGAUCUUCUCGCCGCCGGUGAUUUCUGCGAGAGAGUGACUCGGAUUUAUCAUCCGUCCCACGUAAGACAUUUAAACGAAAAGCUCCUUCGUCGAAGCGAGCUCGCGGAGGAAGUGGUGAUUUCCAAUUCCUCGCGCGAACCUCCUUGAUGCGAAUCUCGGUCGGACGUGACGAGGACACGUUUCGCGGAAAGCUCCUUUCUUCCGAGGUGUCUCGCGUGGCACAUGGUGUCGGGCCUGGCGUGAUCGUCCCCCGGAAAUGAAGUGAGACAAAUCUAGAUCCCGCGCCACCCUUCGACCCCGCUAUCGUCAAGAAAAUCUUGCAAGAGACGCACGAGACGUGUAGGACCUUCGGAUCCCUCUGACCGUUAUCGCGCAUCUCGGUGAUCGUUUCAUCGAACCGAGAAUCUCCUCGCUCAUCGAAGGUCGUGAAGCGAAGCGGGAGAGAAAAAGAGAGGAGAGGGAGAGAAGACCUCGCUCCCUCGCGUGUGAACUUUCGUCGAUUGUCGGCCCGGGGGAUCAGCCUCCGGCGUGAUUCAUCGAGGUCGCCGGUUGAGCGGGUCAGGGACGGUGGUGGAUCGCGGCUUCAGGUCGACGCGCGACCAACCUGGAUUUCCGCGCCAUUUACCGCGACAGCGACGGACGGCUUCGGGCACGCUCGGACGCGUCGCUCGCGCUAUCUUCAUCGUGUCGCGACGAUAACGUUUCGCAUCGAAAGUACGAAACGAUAACGAGGCUGUCGUCGAGCGUCUACGAAUAAUUAUCGUCGCGAGCAGCGCGCGCGUUCUAUCGAUCGCGCCGCGUUGUCCUUCGCGAUCGCCGGCUGCCGAUCGGAAAACAGUGCGCCGAUUUCUCGAAGGAAAGAAAGAAAGCGGGGAAUCCGUCAAUAGCGUGUUUUCGUGCGCGAGAUAUGCAAACGAUGCGCGAUAAUUGAUCGUUAAAAUUCGCGAACUGUUCGUGCGAAAAAAAAGAUAGAAACUUUUUCCGCAUAAGAUUGUUACGUGAUUAAUCGAGUAAUUGUGAUUUAUCAGUGAUUUAUCAGUGUCUCACGGCAAGCCCUCUAAGAACAUGCGUUGAGAGAAGAGGUAAAAACGAACACAGCACAAAAAUCAAAAUUACAAAAAAAAAAACAAGAAAGAGAAGAAAAGAACAAUUUCGCCGACAAUCGCGUUCGAUCGCAUCGUUGUCGCUCACCAGCAGUUACGUAAGGACAAAGGAUCACUCGCGAUUCCUUUCUGCCUGGAACAAAUGCACGAUGUUUAUGCGUCGGUAAUUAAAAGAUCAUUAAGAGCGCACACGCGCGCGCGCGCAAUAUCGACGCGUAGCGCAAUAACGGCGCGCCGUGAGGAGCGAGGAGCGAGGAGCGAAGCGGUGGCAAAUCGUUCCCGAGGACACCUUUAUUAUCUAUUGAACAGCGAUAACGUCGCGCACGCCGACUGGCAGGUCAUUGUCAAUUACCUGCACGAGCGCUUAUUAAGGCGCUCGGAGGUUCGUUAAAACGGUAUCCCGCCGAUUAGACUCCGCCGUGGAACAACGUCUGAGCGCGCCUCCGUUUCGUCGUCGUCCCCGCUCUUCUUCGGUUCAACCCUCCGUCACUCUCCGCAGUGUACGUGCGUGUGUGUGUGUGUGUGAGAGAGUGUCCGUGUGUCGUGAGAGAUUACUCUUUCCGUCACGCUCUCGUCGCCGAUCGUCGCCGAUCGUCGCCGCCGAGUCAAAAGGACGACGGAUAAUAAAGGUGUAAAGACGGACGAAAUAUCGGGUUGAGGAAAUACCGAGGCGACACGCAAAACCGAUGCGAUACGCGUCUGUGUUUUCUCAGCGUUUCUUCGGUGAAUGGUGAACGUGGUCCCCGAGGGAGAGAUCUCUUCCUCGUGAAAGGGAAACAAAGCGGAGAGUACGACGUUCGCCGUACUUGCGCCGUUGUGCGCAAGCGAGAGGAAGCGAGCUCGUCGAGGAAGAUUUAUCGUCCCACGAUUCGACGUCUCCGCUGAGAAGACUGCGACGUGCCGUACAGUUACCCUAAAGAAAUGGGACUGGUAGAACGAGAAGCCGAGAUGCAAGAAUUGAAUGCUCCUAGACCUGGAAGAUCGAGAGAUCUCUUUGGAGUGCAGUUGGAGGUUACUUCAUUACUCUUGGAGGGUGAGCGCCGCAAAUUGGCAGUCUUGCAAAGGGAAUUGCAAGCAGCUCUUGAGGAAGGUGGAAGCGUAAAGGUGAAGGAGAAGCAGCGACAGGAAUUGCUGCAUGCUAUAUCGAAAAUUCAAGGACAACACGAGCAACUCGACAAAGAGUACAGGAUUCACGCUGCCGGCGUUCUCUUAUGCAACUCGAGAGGCUCCGGAAAGCUGUUUGAACCGGCCGCUUCUCGGAGGAGCCUGGACGUCAUUGCUACUUAAAUAUCAAGACGAUAUAAAACUGACAAAGGAUCAUAAUAAUUGUGCAUGCGUUUGUAGGAAGCAAUAGCGUUAAAUUAGAAAAGUUUGGUGAAAAUAGAAGAAAAAGCUUUCCGUUUUAUAAUGAAUUCUUUACUUUGCUCGGAGACAGUUUGUCCAAGAGUAAAACAAUCAAAUUUAAUAACUUUUUCCAUUAAUAGACGAUACUUUUGCGAAAGUAUAAGGUAUACUAAUUUGAUUUACUAGCAUUCUUCUUAUAUUCGAUACUUCGUUACGGUGCCUCCUCGAGGAUUACAAGAGUCGCUAUGUACCCGAGCUCGUAAGUUUGCAGCUUCCGUUAAAACCCACUUCCGGUAUAAGCUCACGAAACGAGACGGUAUUCCUCGCUCUAACGAGUUUUCCGCGUCCGUGAAUAGUUAUUCGUUGCCAAAGGAUUUCUCGGGUUUGCUAUGACCCCGCUAGAUUUCUGCCUUCGGGCACUUACGGAGGUGGCUCUCGUAAGAGCGGAAAUGAGAUCGAUCCUAAUGCGGGGGCCACCGGGGUAUUAAUAUCGACACGUGGUUUAACGCUCAUGAAUGUAUCCAGAUAUUCGAUCAAUGCGCCGUUACAUACUCGGAAAUCCCUGUCUUAUUUGAUAUCCUUGCAAACGCGUACUUCCGUUAAUAAGAUUUUAAUGGAGUUUAACCAACGUCUGAAACGAGUCUCUGAGGAAAUAUACGCAUACAUUUGUUAUUAAAGUAAUUGCGUAAGACUGGCAAUGCAGCUAUUAAUAUUAUUAGAUCUAUUGGCGUUACUGUAACAAGUUUUCUACACGGAAAGGAAAGAAUAGUUGCAGCAGCAAAAAUCUGUGUGUGUGGUAGAUAAAUUUCAGUUGUACAUGGUUAAAAUUUAACUAGCGCGCGCAGAUUUUUAAUGCUGCAAUUAAUUCUUUUUCCGCGUACAUAAACGUAUAUCAAUAAUUAAAAGUUGCGAGCAACAGCGCCAAGAACACUUUUCUUUUUAAUAUAAUUAUUUUCUAUAACUCCACUAACUAACUUUCAGCUUGUUAGUGGAGUUAAUAAUUAUAAUUUAUGAUAAUACAAUAUUUAUUUAAAUAUAGGAAAUGAGAUUAAAAUAUAUUUACUUAAUAUAAAGGAAAGUUUUUUCAAGGUACAUUGCGUAAUCAUGGAAUUAUUGGAAGAAUAUCCAAUUAGAUAUUUGAGAUAUUUGAGAUAUUUUAGUUUUUAAGGACACACAAGAAUCUCUCUCUAUCUUUGAAUAAAUUGAAAACGUUUUACUUUUGCUGAUUUUCUUUCUUUUUCUGUUUUUACAAUAUAUGAAAAUUUUGUAAUUGAACUUCAUGCGCUACGUUCGUUCUUCUAUUGCCCGAAUAAAAUGCUCUCGCGGGAAUCGAUGAUCGCAGAAUAAAAAGCGGGCGUGGUCUGCACGUGAUGCGAGCCUCGCUAAAUUAUGCAAGCGCUAAAAGAACAUUUGGGACUAACAAGUCGUAUUGCAACGUGGAAAACAACGUGCACAAGAAGAUGUUGAAGCGAAAGGCAAUUUCGAUUCGAUCCCUGUGAAAAAGAGCUGGAAAGACAUCCUCAAAGCGACGGAAGGGGGUAUGAGGAUCAUUGGUGCUCGUCUAGGUGGAGAGUUAAAUAGUCCGAAGUCGCUCGUAACCGGGGCAUUGAAUUGCGAGUGUUGGCUAAAUGGUGUGGUCGAAGGUCUAGGACACUCUACAUAAUCAACUUUGUGACAGUUUAAUGAUCGAUGCAUGCAUACUCGCCCUCGUAAUUAGUCACUUAUGCAUGUAAUGUGAGCAUAUUGGCAAUAUUCAAUAGUAUUAUUAACGGUAUUAAUAAUGCUGGAUGAUAGAAAUAAUCAUUUGCAAUGAAUGUGCACCUAUAAAUAAAUG